CACACUGUGAUCACAGAGACUGGAACAUGCAUGGCAUACAAUCGUGAAUUGUUGUUUUGUUAGUUGUUGUAGUUUUAAUUCCAUGACUAUAAAGUGAAUAGAAAAGUGAAAAGAUUGUGCUAUCAUACGCUGGUAAACCAAGAAGAGUCACGGAAAGCGUAAGAAGAGACUCUUUGUAAAAAGCACAGUGGAAGACGCACGAGGAAUACCUGAGAUCUCAGAAAGAAGAGACAUGAAUUUAAAUGACUUUGUGGUGCUUCCUAACAACAAGGCCAAAUCCGUCAAGCUCAAUGCCAGGAACCUGCAAGAACUGCACAUGGAGACGGUGACUCUGGCCCAGGAGAGCAAAGAGAUGGAGGACAAACUGCAAGAGCUGAAAGAGAGCAUGAGUAAAGAGAAGGAGGAAAGAGGGCAUUCUGGAGGGUUUAGAUGGAAGUCUGGACAAUGUGGUUCUUUAAACAGCAAUGCUCUCACAAACGGCACCAAGAACAACAAGGAGAACUUACUCCAAAAGCUGUCAGCAGGCAAGGUUAAAAUCCGAGUGCUGAAGGAUGAACCACUGACAGCCCCACCUCAGCCACCGCCUCCAUCUCCACUCGAUACCAUCAGUCUCAGCACCACAAGAAAAAACAGGCUGAGGGGAACAUACUGUGGACAAUGUGAAGUCAAGACUGCAGGACUAAUGUGUGCUGAAUGCACGGAGGACUACUGCAUUGGCUGCUUUACCAAAUUCCACCAGAAGGGAGCACUGAAGCUCCAUAGAAUGAUCCCCAUUCAGAAAGACUUACAGACCCAUGUGAGCACUCAAGAUGUGGUCAGCUGCUUCCAGAAACAGAUUAACCCUAGCUCCUAUCUCAGUACCUUUAUUAAUCCUAAUCCUAAUCCCAGUCCCAAUUCUAAUGCAAUUACCGGUACUAGAAGAGGAGAUCAGAGCCCAGAAAAAGGAACAGAGGCUGUGGCAAAACCUAUGCAAUUGCACCCUUAUUCCAGCCAGGUGUUGGCUGUAGACCACAGAGACGAGGAAAAGGUGGAAAUGAUUGAAGAGGGUCAGGAUGAGAGGCGAUUUCCCACCUCUCUUCUUAGAGGAGAGUACAAUGAGGAGGAGUCUGCGAGAUCUUUCCAGGAAGCUCUGAAACAGUGGAGAGGAAAGAAGAGAGAUGAAGCAGGAGAACCCAGGAGUGAGGAUGCAAUGUGGACACCCAUCCGACCAGAAUCACAGACUUCACCUUUAAGUGCAGUAUCAGUGUCAGCUAUGGCGACCCAGGCUGACCUCACUCCAGACAGAGGAGAUGAAGGACGAGGAAGAGAAGGGGGAGAAGGGAGGGUACCUGUCAGGGUGGAGUUCACAGAAAACAGCCUUACCUACAUGGAUAGAUUGCUUCUCAAGAAGCACCGCAGAACACCAAUCGAAACCUAUCGUCCAUCGUUGGCCUUCGGUACGGAUUUAAAAUCACUACCUAACACAAACACUGGGGAGAAGACUGCAAGCAGCCUAACAGCUCAGGAGGAGGAUUUUCGUCGCUACUGUGCGUCAUUGUUUGCUGUCCCUGUCAGCAGGGGCAGGACUGAGCCUCAGAUUACUUCACCUGAACCGUGCCUCGUCAUAGAAGUCCUGGAUGAGAGAGACAAAGAUGGGAUUUUUGUUGCUGAACAGAGGACAGACAACAACAGAAAGGUUCCCUCUGUUCAGCAGGUCCUCAGUAAGCUAACACUUGUGCCCCAAGUGGGAUUAAUCAGCAGUGGGGCCUCAAGAGUCAGCUACUCUUCUCAGCUCAGUUCAGCACAACCAUCCAGGCAGUCUCGAGCACCAGCACAACCUAAAGCAGCUCAAAAGCUCCAUCUAUCUGAGCCUCAGACUUCACAAGCAGAACACUCUAUGAAAUCAUCGUCCUCUAAAAGUAAGCCAUCUGCAUGCACCAUUGCUGAGAUUUCAAGGACUUCACAAACAUCAAUCAAGACACCAACCUCAAUGUUACAAAAGCCCAAAUGCCCUUCCAAUGUCCAUAAAUCAAAACCUGACAGAGGAUCAUUAAAACUUUUGUCCUCCCCCUCCCUAGUACAUUCCCAAACUGAGAUCCCUGUCCCGUAUCCACCUGAUGUUUCUCAUUUGGCUAGUACCAGACCUCCAAUUCCAGAAGAGCAUUUCUCUCCUUCUCCAUCCAUAUCCUUCUCCCUUAGGUCUACGUUCACAGUCUCACCAUCAAGCUCCACUGAGUCAACCUUAUUGCCCAGUGUUUACCAAUCAACCUCAUUACAAAAAGGCUCAGACUCAUCUCCAUUACCAGAACAACCCCAAUCUCCCCAGUUAUUCCCAGAACCAAUCUCAUCACUGAAGCCUUCCCAAUUGCCCCCAAGCAAUCUGGAGUCCCCAAGGCAAUCCAAACAUUCCUGCUGUGACACAGAGUCUCUCCUAUCAGAGAAGCAUCUCCAGCUGCCUUUGUCACCUGUAUCUUCCAGUCCAAACCCACCACCAAAACCAUUGGAACCAAGUCCACCUGUAAAAAUCUUAUCUAGUUUAUCUCUAUUUAACAAGUCCCCUCCAGAUGCAUAUUUUAGUUGUGGGUCAACUCCAAAAACAGAGGAUUCUUCCAUUUGUAUGGCCUCUACCCCCAUCUCUGGCGAACAUGAAUCAACUCAGGAUAUGCAGUGUAUCUCAUCACUUCCAUCACAUUUCUUAGAUGUCAUCAAGUAUCCCCCUUUAGCUUUGAAAAUGGAAGAGAACGAAGAGCUAUCCACGGACAGUAGUGAUGAAAUGUCCAGUGAUAGCCUGGGUCUGGCUCCACAUGAGGAAGACUCUUCAGAUGAAGAAGCACAGAUGCACGGAUGUUUUACGGGAGGGAGAUCCAGAGAAGAGGAGCAAGGGAAUCCUGCCAUAUCUCAUACAGAAGAUCCCUUUGUUCCUGCAGAUGCAGACAGAGAAAAGGAUUUGCAGACUGAUGAGCAAGAACAGCUGUCAGAACCAUCCAUGGAGGACACUUGCGCAGGAAGAACAGCUAACCCACCACGCCGUUGUGAGAUGCUCUCACCAGCUCCAGGGGUGAUGCACGACCAGAGUUCUGGGUCUAGAUCAGAGCAGUUUUGUGAUCUGGAUGGAUUCCCGCCUCUGGGUUUGGACAUUAAUUCUGGUCACUCCGAAACACCAAAGCACACACACUGUGACCCGCUGCACACCUGCCAAACUUCACUGCAGGAUUCAGACCCGACAGGGUCAGGGUCUAGCCUGUCUGGCAAGUCCACGCCAACUGUGUCUCACCGUCCAAAGACAAACCCAAGCCCUCUCUCUUCACCUAUCUCUCCCCCCCUCUCUCAUUUCCCCUCUCCUCCCCUCUCCGCCUGCCUGUCCCGUGCCUCUGGCUCAGAAUUUGGUCCAGAGUUUCGUCCCUUUUCCCGGGCAGCCCGGGAGAUCAUGGAGAUUUGUAGUGUGGACCAGACCGGCUGUGAGGACCCUGACCUGGACACUGACACGACUGCACACGCACUCCACGGUCUGGAGCAGGAAUUAAGACUAAUGGCCAACGAAACAGGGAAGCAGGCUUCAGUAUUUGGUACAGGAAACAGUGGAAGUCAAGAUCAGCAUGGAAAUCAUCGUUUCACACAGGGCAGAGCCAGCGAGGAACAAAAGGAUGAGGAGGAAGCGGCUGCACAGAGAGACCGGCAGAGUGUCCUCUCUCUACCCUGAGAUAGUCUCACACAUGCACAUCAACACACGCACACCUGCUUGUUAAAUAAGGAAAAGGCUUGCACAUAGAGAUACAAGUGACUAAAGUGAGCAAAAACACACAAUGGAUUACAAUGGAUGUUAUUUAAAUUGUGUUGACGUGGUGUAAAGGCUGGUGCAGAUGCCCCGAAUGUUAAAUCUGCCGGGAACUCUCUGCAAAUAGAUGAAAAGAAAAAUGUAAUGCUUUAAAAAUAAAUAUUGCUGGAUAUCUA